GGAGAGCGAAAAGAGAGUCCCGCGACGUCAAAACGCCACUUUCCUCGUUAUUUCCAAUACCCACUCUCUCCUCCCUCCCAUCAGAAAUUUACCAAAACACCAGGUAUUGGUUUUGCACUUCCGUCUUACACUUCGAUCUUGGGCUGUGUUUUCGUGACAUGAAUUCCAUCCUCUUUCUAGUCUUUAUUUACAGUCUCUACCCUUUUCAAUUUGGUUUCUUUGUGACAUCCAAACACCUUUUUUCUUCUUUUGCGAAAUAGCUUCCUUUUUCAUCUUUCUCAGACUCAACUCCUUUUAUCUAUCUUGCUUCAUUCACUUGAAGAAGGAUGAUGAGUCUUGGUCCCUUCCCUGGCCACGGAUCGUCGUCGUCGUCCACCUUAUCGCCACUAGCUCAGCCGUUCACCGUCGAUCGCUUCCCUGUCCCCAAACCCAAGCCGGCCUCGCCGCCAAACGCUUUUGACGAUCCCUUCGAUUACGUCGCGGCGAGGUCAUCCCUUGAUAAUUGGCUCCAGCUGCAGCCUUCCACUCCCGUGUCUGAUUCGUUUUACGUCCCGAGCUCAGAUGUCGAUUCGGUUCGCAGGAGCUAUGGGUACUUAGGCCAUCCAUUGAUCGGUUCAGAUGGGGCCCAUUUACCCUCUAUAGAUCCUACGGCCUGUGGUUUCUCGUACGGGCAGAAAUCAGGAUUGGUAACGAGCAGCCUCAUUGAAGCGGAGCCGUUCUAUCCCCAAUACCUGCCGGCAGUCCAUGAUAAGGGUGAUUUGGGUUUGAAAGAAUCAGGAUUUGGGUUGUCGAAAUCUGGUGCAGUCGGCCCCCUAGAAGGUCCAUCUCCCUCUGAUUAUGUCCAGAAUUUAUCUGGUUUUGGCUAUAAUUCAGUUGACUGGACGGGUCAGUGGAAGGAUGUGGAUUUCUCUUGGAGGUGCCCCAGCGGCAAGGUGGUAUCGAAUUACGGAAGCUCAUUUCAGAAAGGUCCUGCUGAUGAAGGCUUUAUGGCACGUGAAGAAGCUUCAGUUGGUUUGCAUGGAAAAGGUAUCCAAUCGGCAGCAAGAAAAGUUCACAUUGGAUCAAAAGUCAUUGGUACUGAAUGGUUGGAUGCAAAGUGCUCGGGGAUUUCAGAGGACAGUGCAAAUGUGACUUCAUACAACAUGCCCGGAACUUCAGGUGUGGCUCCUGGGUCCGUACUCCAAGAAAUGCCUUAUUCCCAGCUACCGGAUCCAACAUCCCCCACAGAAGUCUGGAAUCCCUUUAAUCUAAACACUGCUUCAUAUGAUAUGUUCCAUACAGAACAUGAGGCAACCAAUCCCACAAUUUUCUAUCCGUCUGAGAUGAGCUAUACACCCCCAGUUCAAGCAUUUGGCCCACCAGCCAGCCGCCCUAGUUCAACGCCAGUGGCAAUUGUGCCUAAAAAUAUGAGCUCUGGUGGUCAACCCAUGGAUGCACGUAAUAACAAGGAAGCUGUGGGUCAUGUGUCUGCCAAUGUAAAGGUGCCGAUCAUCCAGUCGAAUGCUGCUGGAAAAGGCUAUGCUGACAAAAACAUUAUUAGUAACUACAUGAAAAAUGAUGACUAUGUUUUUGUGGGUCAUACAGGCCGUGUGUCUGCCAAUGUAAAGGUGCCGAUUGUCCAGCUGAAUGCUGCACAUGGUAAAGAAAGCUAUGGUGAUAAAAAUAGAAUCAGUAAUGACACAAAAGAAGAUGAUCUUACUUUUGUGGGUCCCUCUCCGAUGAAAAUACAUUUGCCAUUAAAAGCCCCAAAACCAGUCAUCGGGGAAUCUUCAAACCAAGCUUCAAAGGCAAAUUUUGAACAAGGACUUCCCCAUAUUUUUGUGGGCCCCUCUCUGGUGAAAAUAAGUUCGCCUUUGAACCUCAAAGCAGCUGUCAACAAUUCCUCGAGCCAUCCUUCGGAGGUGAAAUCUGAUCUAAAACAGCCCCAUAUUCUUGCGGGUCCAGUGAAAAUAAGUACACCAUUAAACCCCAAACCAGUCAUAGAUGGUUCCUCGAACCAUUCUUUGAAGGCCAAACCUGAACUAGAGCUGCCCCAUUUGAACCUUGCCAAUGUCUCCUCGGCACCUGGUUCUGCUGGACCGGGUGAUUCUCUGCAAAGUUCCUCUGAGGAGUUCGAUCAGUUCAUAUCUGCCGUAGACUCACCCUGUUGGAAAGGCGCUUCAUCUUCUCGACUCUCUCCAUUUGGGGCUGUGGAUGCAGUUUCCACUAUGGCUGUUUUAAAGGAAUCAGAAGGAUGCAGUGAUUUGAAUCAACACUGUCAGAUUUCUCCCGUCAAUGGUGAUGAUACGGAAGCCAUUUCCUCUCCAAAACCAUAUGGAUGUUUAACCCUUGCUGAAACUGGGUUUAGGGAGGAUUCUUCAUUGUCAUUUCCCACCAAACCCCUUCCAGUUGAUUGUUCAGAGGCUGUUGAUUUGAAUGGGACCCAAUGUUCUGUAGGCAUGAAAGAACUGGAAAAUUGUUAUGUUCUUCCCCACAAUCCAAAAGGUAAUUCUGGACUCACGACUUCAGAAGGGAUGACUUCAAGCCAGGAAGAUGUUGUUACUUCUGUUGCGGAACAUGCAUCAGAGACUAGAUUUGCAGAAGCUAGGUUGGAUUUUGACGCUGCUGAAAAAGGUUCAACAGAUUUCCAUUCUUAUGCUGGGGAACAUGGUUCAAAUGCUUCUUCUUCUGGAGUUGGUGCUUCCUGUGGGAUUACUGAAAUGCUUGGAGUUUCUGAUAAUUCAAGUGUGCGUUCACUGCCAAAAUUAGAAUCUCAGAUGCUGGUUAUGAUGAUGUUUAAUAUUUCGGAAUUGCUGCCUUAUGCCAAUGCAUUGAAGGAGCGUGACUAUGAGGUUCUUCGGCUUGUAAUAAACAAUCUUCAAGCAUGCGUUCCCAACAAGGUUGGAUUGACAAAAACAAUGCCCGAAUCAUUUCCUCUCAAGGCUCUAACGAAGGUCAUGGAGGAAAGAACUCAUGAGCAGGUACAGGAGCAUCCUCAAACUCUGUUAUAUAAGAAUUUAUGGUUCGAGGCUGAAGCUGCACUAUGUUCCAUGAAACACGAACUCGCUCGCAUGAAAAUCGAGAUGGAGAAAUAUGAGCAGCACCAAGCAAAAGCUACAGAUUCCAAUGGCCCAGCGGACGUGGCAGGAAAGCCUAUAAAUGAGAAACUGUCAAGCUUGAAUUCAAUCAGCGGGACCACUGCGGGUGACACAUACUCACACGAGGCUAAAGAGAGUUCGACUGAGAAAAUUGCCAUUGUCGAAGAGCAUGUUAAGCCGAGCAGUCCCAUAAAACCCAAGGUGACGAAUCCGAUGAGGAUGAAGGAGAAGGUCGAGGAUGCAUCUGCACCCAAGUCUAAAGAAAAUCCGUCUGAGCAUGUCUCCACCGUAGGAGAUGAUGUUGAUGUGAGCAGUCACAACAACCCAGUGGAACUGGAUCAGUUGAGCAUGGAGGGGGUGGAGGAUGUCGAGUCUUCAGUGAUGGCCAGAUUCAGGGUUCUAAAAAGCCGGAUUGAUAAUUUAAGUUGUCCAAGUAAAACGGGCCAGCAACAACAACCAAUGCCAGUAGUCGUUGGAGGCUCCGUGCCACAUUGUUUUGAGGAGAAAAUAGAGAGGAGCAAGCCUUGGCCGUUUAUCACGGAUCAAUCUGGAGAAAGAUGUUUGGAAGUUGGAAACAUCUAUGAUGGGCAAUGUCUUCCAAAUGACAUUGGUGAAAAAUGCUUGAGUUCUUAUGUUUCACAACAGCAGGAAAUGACCAAGGGGUUCUGUUUACGUGUUCCUGAUGAGCCUGUGAUUCCUUCAUGCAUGCCGGCCCCACUUUGGAAUCAAUUCAAAGCCAGCGGGUUUGAGAGCCCGCCCUCUGAUUGGGAACAUGUGCUGAAAGAAGAGCUGAAAUGGUAAGAGGCUGACCGUUCAAUUCUGAAUGUUGGUGCCUUUGCCUAACAUUCUUGAAAUGGGUUUUUAGAAUCUGCAUUGAUAUAAACAACAAAGACGGUGAUGAUUGAAACAUUGAGAUUGUGUGGUGUAAAUGCUUUGGCUUUGAACUGUAAUUAGCUGAAACUAUUUGAACCAUAUUCACGAAAUAGGUGUCUAUAUCUAUCGUAAAGUGAUUACAUCUUACUGUACAGAUUUGAUUUCUGUUUUCAAUGCACGGGUGGGCCAUGAUUUUA